UGGCUCCGACAAGCGCCGUGGGUUGACGGUCACUCUGCUAACUCACCCCAUAAAUACCUCAUCGCCCCCCAUGCCUCCGCUCCGCUCUCCCUCCGCCUCUCUUCUCCGAUGCAUCCUUGCAUCCCAUUCUCCUUCUGCUCCACGGCGGAGCACGACACUACGACACCGCAGCCCCGACCCCUCCGCCUCGCCGUCUCCACCGCCUCCUCCUCCUCCUCAUAUGACGCCCCCGCUGCCGUCGUAUUUGACGAUGCCGCCUCCAUCGUCACCCUCCCCUCUCUCCCCUCCCUCCAAUCCAGCGUCCCCAUCUCCGGUUACCUCAAUACGACGCCCCCUUCGGCCUUCCACUUCUGCCUCGCUUCUUUGAAGCCACUUCGCCCCACCUCCUCCGCAGCGGCGCUCGCCGUCUCGGCCGCCGCCUCCCUCCUCUACUCUGCCUCGGAUUCGGAGAUCACGGUCUUCGAUCUGGUCACCGUCCGCCAGGUCGAGACCUUCGACGCCGUGCCGUCCGCCGGUUCUGUCAAGUCCGUCGCCUUGUCCUCGGCGGGCAAGCUCUUCACGGCCCACCAGGACGGCCGCAUCCGCGUGUGGUGCCGGUCGGAACGCUCCGGAAGGCACCGCCUCAACGCCACACUACCCACCGCCGUCGACCGCCUCCUCCGCUUUCCCCUCCCGGGCAACUACGUAGCCGUCCGCCGCCACAAGAAGCUCCUGUGGAUCGAGCACGCCGACGCCGUCUCCGCCGUCUCCGCCCGCGGCGACCUGCUCUACUCCGUGUCGUGGGACAAGACUCUCAAGGUCUGGCGCGCCGCAGGCGACCUACGCUGCCUGGAGUCCGUCCCGGCCCACGAGGACGCGGUGAACGCCGUGGCCGUGGCCGUGGCCGGUGACGGCACGGUGUACACGGGGUCGGCAGAUGGGAAGAUCCGAGUAUGGGCCCGCUCCCCACCGGAGGAGGGGCGGGGCCGGAGGCGGCGGCACACCCAGCACGGACUGGUGGCGACGCUGGAGCGGCACCGGUCGGCGGUGAACGCGCUGGCUCUGAGCGGCGACGGGGCGGUCCUGUACUCGGGAGCUUGCGACCGCUCGAUCCUGGUGUGGGAGCGGGAGGAGUCGGCGGACCACAUGGCUGUGGCCGGGGCGCUGCGUGGGCACGGGAAGGCCAUCCUGUGCCUGGCGUGCGUCGGGGACGUGCUCUUCAGCGGCAGCAGCGAUCGGACGGUCAGGAUCUGGCGGAAGGAAGGCGAAGGCAAGGGUUACAAUUGCCUGGGCGUGAUGGAGGGGCACGCGACCGGUGUGAGGUCGCUCGUCGCGGUUACGGUUCCGAUGCCGGCGCCCGCCGAGCUCCAUCCCGAGCCCGAGGAGGAGUAUCGGGUCUGCAGUGGGAGUUUGGACGGGGAGGUGAGGGUUUGGCGGGUUCGGAUUCCCAUUACUCAACGAUCCGAUUCAAAAUAAAGAUUCUGUAGAACCAAAAAAACCGAAAAGAAAACAAAUGGAAAGUUUGCAGUUUGCGUCCCCUCCCCCGGCUUUAUUCUUUUGUUGCUGACCAUGGAAGGUUCUUGAUGCCAAUUUUAUGUACUCAGUAAGCUUGUACGCCAUCAUGUUUCCAUGAUGGCUUCAGCUGUAAAGGAAGGAACAAGACAUGGUCCAUAGCACUGGACCAACGAUCCCUGCAACUGUGAAAGCCAGUAUGCUGGACGGGAACUGGGAGUGCUGUUUGAAAUCUUGGGUGACUCCAAUAGUGAACAAAAAAAGUCAAACAUGGAGAUCAUGUUCUCA